AUAGAUGCAACUAGUAUUGAAGGUAAAACAAUAUUGAAGGUAUAAUUAUUAUAUGAUAUAUUAGACUAUUUAUUUUCAGAAAGUUUCUCAUAUUUGAAGAUUCUAAAUAAACUUUUAGAACGUCAAGAAAGUAAGAAAUACGAAUAGCGGAGUGAAUCAUCUUGCUCUGCCUUAAUGCUCUUUGUAAAAACACACCCUCCGUCAUUACGUCGUGUUUGAACGUGGCGGCGCGGUCCCUAGCAGCAGCGCACCUAAAGUUAGUUAGCAGCGAUUUCUUGUAAAAUUAAAGACAUGCGAAAAAAAACGACAUAUUACAAUUAAACGCAGGUAGUACAUGGCAUUCAAUGUCUCAGAAACUUUGGUGUACAGACCGAUCAAAUACGACUUUAAUCGCGAUAUCACAUGACUGCGAUGACCUGCAAAUUAAGUGGCCUGUUCAACAUUGGCGAGGACUUUGAUGAUGAGGACCUGCUCGGGACCGACUGGGCAGUCCACUCAGCGUCUGGAUCAGCUGAUGUGGCAGCUGCUGUGUCUUCCUGUUCGCUGCGGGCCUCCUCUGUUUCUCACCGAGAGCCGGAGAAAAUCUGCCUUCCGCAAACUAGAGAGGGAUCAGCCGCUCCGUGUACGGGCACGGCAUCGAGGAGCAGCACACACACUGCUGCGGGACAAACUGUUGUUCAGGCUUUAAGACGGCCCUCCUCCUCCUCGUCCUUGUCCUCUGUUCAGACUUAUACUGGCACACUGGAUAAAUCUCAGGCUGCUUUGGCACCCCAACAGAGUCAUUCCAACACGGCAGGGCCGCUGAAGCCCUGUGGGGCUCAGGAUGAUUUUGAUGAUUGGGAUGUUGACCUGGCAGACCUGGAUGAGUGUGAUCAGCAGAUGGUGCAGUCAGCUGCUCCAGCCCCACCUGCGUUUAAUCCUGCAUCUUCAGCAAAAACACUCCGACCCCCGACAUGCAGCGGGAUUCAGACCCAACCUAAUCGGACCCUGAGAGACUUGAACGCUACUCGCCAGACACCUGGCUCUUCUAGUAUUUACCUACCUAAUCGGAUAUGCUCCACUCCGGUUCUGAGAACUCCAAACCCCCCCCCGGCUCGCCUGUCAGCACCUCCUCAGAAUCCAGGCGUUUUCUCUGGCCUUACUGCAUAUUCCCCUACUCCCAGCCCCAUUUCCAGGACACUCAACAGGCCCCAGAGACCGUGGGCAACACCAGGAGCCUCUCCUCAGGGUCGUGUCUUCUUUGAGACAGUCACCCCAGGGCCCUCUUCCUGUUCCUCUGUGAACUCCUCCACCCUCAGCCCUCACCCCCUUCACACACCAGUCCUCACCAACCGCCUGGUCCAGCUGGUCUCAGCCUCUAAUAAGCUUCCUCAGAAGAGGCCCCGCUCCGAGCCUCACAGACCCAGGACCCGACGCUUCCCGGGGCCUGCCGGGUUCCUGCCACAGCAGCUGCAGGGUCAGAGGCUGGACGACAUUGUGGUUUCUGUCCCUCAGACUCCUGCUCAUGGUGCUGUGGCCCGGUCACCAAGCCAGGGCUCCAGCUCACAGACUGAAGAAGAGGAGUUCAGCGGCGGUCCCUGGGCAACGAUGAAGGCAGAGAUGGGAUUGGAUGAGAGGAACUCCUCGUGCUUCCUGCACUCCUACAGUGUGGUCAUGGUUCUCCGAAAGGCUGCACUGAAACGGCUGGCGAGAAACAAAGUGCCCAACAUGGCCGUGCUGCUGAAGAGCAUCAUCCACACACACGCUGAUGCCAAGGCUGUGUUCAAAGACCCGACAGGGGAGAUUCAGGGAACGGUUCAUCGGCGUCUCCUAGAGGACCGAGUGGAAGAGCUGAAAGUCGGCGCUGUACUGCUGCUCAAACAGGUGGGUGUGUUUUCUCCUUCCCAUCGUAACCAUUACCUGAAUGUGACGCCCAACAACCUGCUGAAGAUCUAUGGCCCUGAUGGAGUCAGUCUGUCCUCCACUCAGCUCCCCCUGCUCGUCCUGGAGCCGAGGUCCCCCGCCGUCCUCCGGGAGCCCGUGUCUCGGAUGCAGCUGUUGUUUGACGAGGAGGAUGACGAGGGACAAGAGGGGGAAAAAUGCUCGGAGAGAGACGAAGAUGCGGAAACCCCAAGAGACACUAGAGCCGGCACCAGCAGACAGCAUGCUGGGAACGCAGCAGCACAGGACUCAGGCUGGGAUGCAGAUGAUGACCUGGAUGAACUCCUGGGAGAGUUACCUGAAGACACCUACAGCCUCUGAUGUUGCAUCAACUAACCUCCUGCACACACCGUCUCCACCGACUGGAGCUAUUCCACGGCUGGACGACAGUAAAGAUGUCAUGAUGUGUUUUCAUGAUUUAAAAAUAAUCUGACUGAACAACAAAGAACUUGUGAACAUGUAUAUAUGUUGUACUUUUUUUUCCUUUCAUCAGCUGUGUUAAAUGUUCCAGUUCAUGAAUACGGCAGAGAAAAGUUAAUUCCUUGCUGCUGUCAUUAAUCUGCAUCACUGGUGAUGGAUUUGUUAUAACAGGCAGUCACUCAAAGCCAACACAUGCUCAUUAAUCACUUGCAAAAGCUCCUGAAAUCAGCUGUUUGUUUUCAGCUUCACGUCUUAUAUUCUCACAAAGAAUAAGUCCAAGAUUGUCUGCGUUGGUGUAUUUGGGCUGAUACUCUUUCACUUUCAUUAUGUAUUGUUGCACUUUAAUUAAGUGACUUUGCAAUAAACAACCUAUCUACAAAGCA